AUGAACAGCACAGAGACUAGCACUGUGACCGAGUUUGUCCUCCUUGGCUUUCCUGGUUGUCAGGAGCUGCAAAGCUUCCUCUUCUCAUUGUUCUUUGGACUCUAUGUAUUUACCGUGGUGGCAAAUGGGACCAUUGUCUGUGCUGUGAGGUUGGACAAACGGCUCCAUACCCCAAUGUAUAUUCUCCUAGAGAACUUCGCUUUUCUUGAAAUCUGGUACACUACCUCCACUGUGCCUAAUAUGCUAGUCAAUUUUCUCUCAGAGACAAAAACCAUCUCUUUUGUUGGCUGUUUCCUCCAGUUCUAUUUUUUUACUUCCCUUGGUACAAUUGAAACAUAUAUGCUCUGCAUCAUGGCAUAUGAUAGGUACCUUGCUAUCUGCCGCCCAUUGCACUACCCAACCAUCAUGACCCCACAACUCUGCUAUAUCUUGAUGACUCUUUGCUGGGUGCUUGGGUUUCUGAGUUACGCUGUCUCCACCGUGCAACUCUCUCAACUGCCUUUUUGUGGGCCCAACAUCAUCGAUCACUUUGUAUGUGACAUGGACCCACUGGUGGCUCUGUCUUGUGCCCCAGCUCCUAUCGCUGAGAACAUCUUCUAUAUUGUGAGCUCCCUUAUUAUCAUCUUCACUGGUCUGUACAUCUUCGGUUCCUAUAUUCUUUUGUUGAUCGCUGUGUUCAAAGUCCCAUCAGCAGCUGGCCGUCAGAAGGCCUUUUCCACCUGCGGAUCUCACCUGACAGUGGUGUGUUUAUUCUUUGGGCCCCUCUUGGCAAUGUAUGUGAGCCCCACCGCUGAUAACCCAGCUACAUUUCAGAAGAUUAUGACUUUGUUCUUUUCCGUGGUGACUCCCUUCUUGAACCCCCUAAUUUACAGCUUACGAAACAAGGACAUGAAGGCUGCAUUGAAGAAAGUCCUGAGGAUAGAGUGAGCACUGAGUAAUUGA